AUGAUUGAGCACGAACGACAGACUGCUAUCUUGGCACUGGACUGGGGAAGCAGCGCCAUUCGUGGCAGUAUUCUAACCCGAGACACUCGUCAGAAGUAUCUCAUUUUCACUGAAGAUGCUUUGCCUGGGCAUGAUCAACGCUAUCAAAAAGGCUCUUUCAGUUCGGCAAUCUAUCUCGAUGGCAUUGGAAGGGUCUAUACGGGCGAAGACAUCGACCAGGAUAGGGAACCGGUGCCGUCAAAGCCCUUCUUCUCCACAUCUCCAAAGACCGGAGAUGAUGCUACUGAUGCCUUGUUUCAGGGCUCGCAAGCGGAAGAAACUUGGUACCUUGUCAAACAGGGCAUGAAUGAUAUCACUAGAACAGUGAUUGAGCGAGUUGAGAGCUUUUGCAAUGGCAACAACGACUCUGACUCGCGCACCUACUUCUACAUCGAAGAGAUCGGGCUGUCAUACCCUGCUCAUUGGAGACUAGGAGAACGAACCGAGUAUGAGAAUCUUUUGAGAAAGAACAUCCUCCCCAAUUCGACUUGGAUCAAACCGAAUUUCGAAGUCAGCUUUCACGUUGAAAGUCUUGCAUCGGCCCAUAAAUUGUUCGCGACUGAACGGCUCGUCGAUGAGAUCUUUGUGUCACCACAGAUCCCAGUUCUUGUCGUCUUUUUGGAAUUCGGGGGUCACACGAUGAAGAGCACCGACGGUAAACUCAGCUACCACCGAAUGGGUCAAACCUUUGCGACCUUUGGCGGUACUCAAUGGUGGGAGCAGGAGGUGAAUAAGUUCAUGAAGUCAACUUCUCGAAUCAUUCCAGCGAAAAAUUGUGAAUUUCAAAGGAUGCGAGGUCGAGCCGAUGUACUUCACCUGUCCGAACCCUGA